AUGCUUAACCAUGUUUGGAAUUUAUUUUCAAAAGCAGGCUCUUUAUGGGUAGCAUGGAUUGAAGCAAACUGGUUGAAAGGUAGGAGCUUCUGGACAGUUCCUAUUCCAGCUUCUUGUUCUUGGAGUUGGAAGAAGAUUCUCAAGCUCCGAGACCUAGCCAAAAGAUUCAUUCGAUUUAAGGUUGGGAGGGGUAAUAAGGUGUUCUUGUGGUUGGAUAAUUGGCAUCCUGCAGGCUGUCUUUUGGAUAAAUAUGGUUGUAGAAUCGUUCAUGAUUCAGGUUUUCCCCUGCAUGCCAAACUGGAUGUCAUUAUGAAGAAUGGUGCUUGGUUUUGGCCUUAUGCCCGGUCAGAUGAUCUUGUUGAGAUUCAGAGUCAACUCCACACAGUUGAGGUUGGAGAUGCUGAUGAGCCAGUAUGGAAUUCUCGAAGUGGCACAUAUAAGUGCUCGGAUACUUGGGAAAAAUUGAGAGAGGUGCAUCCGGUAGUUGAAUGGUGGAAGAUUGUUUGGGCUCCUGCUUCUAUCCCUCGGCAUUCUUUCAUGCUUUGGCUAGUUUUCAGGGAUGCUUUGAUCACUAAACAACGCAUGUGUUGCUGGGGUUACUCAGGACAGAUUCUCUGUCCUUUCUGCUAUGGAGCUCAAGAGAGCCGUGAGCAUCUUUUCUUUAGGUGCAGUUUCAGUAGGCGGAUUUGGACUGAAAUCAUGGCUGAGUGUUCUUUUUACAAUGUGCCUUUGGAUUGGGAUGAUAUUGUAGUUUGGAGCUUGAAGGUGAUGCAGGGGAAAAGUUUAAGAGCAGUUUUGGGUCGACUGUGUUUUGGAGCUACUGUAUACCAUACAUGGAAGCAGAGGAACGACCUUUUGCACAAUAACACUCUACGCACGGAGGAAGCAAUUUUGACUCGUGUUAGGUGGGAAACUCGAGUGAAGAUUGUAGCAAAAGGGAAGAUCAGCCAUUUCAGGAAGAAUAUGAACCUUGUUGCUAAAUGGAAUUUGCAUUUUCUGGAGUAA